GGCACCGGGGAGUUCCAAUUGAAUGAAUGAACAAUCUCGUUCGUCAGUCUUGUCCAUCACCUCAAAAAGAUUUGCAUCUUGUAAGUGAGCAGACGCGCGAAACAAAUAACGGAAUUAUGCAGAUUGAGUGUAUUAUCCUGCUAACGAGCUUAAUAGCUGCGGCAUCAGCAGGUUGGAGAAUUCAGACGGUCGAUGACCUUCUGCGAAAUCGGAACAAAUGUGUCAAGAUACUGCAGUUGGAAGAUGACCUACAGGAGGAGUUUGGGUUGUUCGACUUUCCCGAUCAGGAUUCGGCCAAGUGUGUGAUCAAGUGCAUAAUGAAUAGGAUGGGACUGUUCAACGACAAGCGAGGACCUAACGUAGCACGCCUAGUAAGACAGAUGAAGUUUGCGUCUGUGUCUAGCACGAAGGAGAUUCGAGGUGAAAUCCUCAAUUGUGCUUAUCAAGACAUGGAGAUGGACCCAGAGGAUGUUUGUGAACGAGCCUACGCGCUGUAUCAGUGCAUUCAGAGUAGUAACCUUCUGCUGCUGAAGUCAACCGAGUCGAAAACAUAAUAGCCGACGAUCUCUGCGACCUGGGAGUGAUUUCACACCGAAAAACUGUGUCAUUAGUCGAGAACAGUUAAUUUCCAUAGUUUGAUAAGAACAGGGGGCCACCGCGCAUUAUUUUAUUACCCUAUUGUGAUAGUCAUAGCCGAUCACGCCACAUUUCCGUUAAUCAUAAGCAGCCGGCGCUCUCCGAGGGGGGAUAGCAUUCACGCGAUCAGUGCGUUCACAGUUGUUUGUGUAAUCCUGACUGUUGCUCUGUAGGCUGAGUGUC